AUGACGUAUACGUAUACCCACCUAGACGAGUUCUUCAAGCUCUCUACUUGGGACCGAGAUAUCAAGGGUUCCUUCGGCCUACAGCCCCCACCUGGCAACUGGGAGGGCUUCAAAAAGCGCAUAGCGGAGCUACAAGGACAGUGCGCCGAGGACGAGAGUAUCAAAGUCAUCUUUGCUGCCCGACACGGUCAAGCUGAGCACAAUGUGAUCAAGGACAACUACAGAGUGCCUCAAGAUCUCAUACUUUCCGCGCGCCAUCUGUUCCAGAAAGGGAAAUGGGCCACAGCUCACGUUCUCUAUCCUGUUCUAGAUCCCGACCUCACCCCGCUCGGACGUGAGCAAGCUGCGGCGCUAGGCCAUGCCCUACAACGCGAAGCCGGCCGGGGAAUGCCCGUGCCCGAAAGGUACUUCGUCAGUCCUCUGAAACGAGCUGGUGAGACAUGCGGCAUUGAAUGGGGAUGGAUAUUUGGAGAGCCAGAGGAUGGUGGCAAGGGUCAUGGUGUCGAUGCGCUCGCUCUCGAGAACCUCCGUGAACAUCUUCACGUCCACUUGUGCGACAAACGGUCGAAACGCUCUGAGCUGGAAAAGGAAUUCCCCACCUUCACGUACGAAUCAACUAUGACGGAAGAGGACGAGCUUUGGGAGCCGCUAGAGGUGAGAGGUCGGGAAAGUGACGAUAACUUGGUAGCCAGGCUGGGGGUCGGGGUCAGGCAAGCCCUGGACGCGAGUGAAGGAGCCACCUACCUCAGUAUAACUUCGCACUCGGAAGCUAUCCGAGGCGUGUACAAGGCUCUAGGUGUCCCGCCGAGAGAUUUGGUCGUUGGACAAAUGAAUAUCAUCGUCCUUCGCAUCAAGAAGAUGGCAGAGUAG